AACAAGUUUUCCUUUUUCAUCUGCAUCACAACGUGCAACGAUAACAACUGAAACUGGCGAGACCCUUUGCUCGAAAAAGAACGCUGAUUUUAUUCAUCUUCGGUUUGCCUUCUAACUUGUUAUUUAGACUUUGACGGAUGCUAUCAAUAAUACCCAUGUGCAGUCUUGAAAUCAAACUUGAAUAAUUGAACUUCUAUUUCGUCACCACUGCUACAAGGUAUCCCAUGCUCAUAUGAUCCCUUGUCGCAGUAGGUGACUCAUAGAAUUCCAAUCAAACUUCAACUUACAGACUGACAAUUGCAAAAAUGUCAAAACAGCCUUCAAGACGCCUACAUUCCCGGAUGUCAGGAUGUGUGCUAAGAGUGUGUCGCUAACUUGGUUCUUGCCACAGUUUGAUGUCUGCUGUGAUGUAUUACGGAACAGACCGACGUUUAUUGGCAAUUUGCCGGUUUGUUUCUUCUUAUCAGACCCAUACGCUGCUUUUCCGGCAAUCUUCACUUCUCAAGAUUUGAACUGAUUUAACCAGCCUUGAGGAUCAAAUCAAGCUAUUUCAAAUCAAGCCUUGAGGAUCAAAUCAAGCUAUUUCAAGGAAAUUCUUUACUAUUGAGGAUGAUCCUGGUGAUUGGGCGCUCUCUGAUUGGUUGAUUUCCACGGUACACCUGUUUACCUGAGUAAAUCAAAUUCGAAACAGUUUAUCUCAAACCACAAAUUUACAUAUUUACCGCUACUGAUGACUCCAUCAGAGCAAAAACACCACGAAUGUACACAGCGAUUUGAAGCUUUGACUUGGAAGAACAAACCAUGUUUCCUCUAGAAUUAACAACGUCGUGGUGUAGAAGAUCUAGCAUAAUUUUUUGCCUCAUUGUCGCUGUCAUGGUUGCGGCUUGUGAAGGCACAAAAGACAAGAAAAGGGCGCAAGAGGUUUUAGAAAUUCAAGCCCACGACUCACACCAUUUAAAGGAACAUCUUAUGGAACAAAUGGGAAUGGACGAGGAGGCGGCAGUUAAAUACCUGAAUGAAACCAAGGGAGAGGUUCAGUUCUUCUUGAUGCAUGACUAUGAUAAUAACAGCAAGUUGGACGGUCUAGAGUUGUUUCAAGGUCUGUCACAUCAUGCCCACUCCCAGGACGAGGAAGUUGAUCACGAAUCAAGCAAAAUUGAAGAAGACGAAAUGGCAUCUUUCGUGGACACUAUUUUAGAAGACCAAGACCGCAAUGACGAUGGGUACAUUGACUACCCUGAGUUUGUGCUUUCUUUCCGUCCAACUUCAGGGCACAGUGGAGGGUCCUAACACGAUAAUGAAAAUCAGACAUGGAAAAGCGAAUGAUUUAAAGGACGUCUUCAUUUUAAGGAAGUUGCUAAAUCGAAAGGUUUUUUUUUUUUGGCCAACCAGUGUCAAAAUGCAGGGAUGAGUUACUUUAAAUAGAGCGCUUUUUAGAUUAAGUUUCGCGAAACCAAAGUCAAUCAAAACAAAGGUGGGAUUAACGAAGAACCAAUCAGAACAUACGAAUACCUGUAAGUGUCCUCAAGCGCGGGAAAACUCAAGUAACGAGGUCGUGAUUGGUCGAGACGUUGGCGAGAAUAUUUUAGACCACUCACGGAGAGUAACAAAGCAAGAACACUCAACGUAACACUACUCUGUCCAUGGCUCAGGCAGAAAACAAGAAUUAGACUGUUGCCUGGCCUUGAAUUGGAAUCAAGUGAUGCGCAGAAGGCUUAAGUAGUAUGUACUACCAAUUUACCGAGUUGGUCGGGUCGGACGGGGAAUAUUUGGUUCGAAGUCAUGACGUAUGCGUCAAACGAGAGCCAAAUAUUUCUCCCAUCUGGCCCAACCAAACUUAUACAAUGAGCAUUUUAAUAUACGAUCACUAAGUGUUGAAAAUGUCGAAAACUUUAUCUCAAUCUAAAUCAGACGCGAUAGACAGGCCCACACGCGACAACCACAAAAAA